UUACGUGUUGUUAUCUGUCAGUCGUAGAUAUUUGAGGCUGUAGUUAAUGGUAUUUAAAAUGCUAAAUUAUUCUGCGCGUGGUUAAAUCUGUGAAGUGAAAAUUUGACUUUGAAUUAUUUUUUUCGGAUACGUAAAUAGCUUGUGGUAAAACAUGAAAGGGCCAGAUGUACUUGACCCUAUGAAGCAGCUGGAGGAUGCGCUAGUAUUGUGUAAAUUCGGACGUUUUCACUUAAGGCUUCUACUGGUGUGUCUAGUUUCUAAUAUGGCGACCACAGUAGCCACUACCACCGCAUCUUAUGUUGUGACCAACGCGGAGUGCCAAUUGGGAAUUGGGAAUGUUGAGAAAGGAUUGUUUAUCUCGACAUCGUUUUUUGGACAGCUGUUAACCACUCCACUGGCAGGCAUAGCUUCGGAUGCAUUUGGCAGAAGACCCUUCCUGAUAUUCGGAAAUCUCUUCAUGGCAAUAUUUUGUUUACUUCAAGGGCUGAGUCAGUCAUUUUGGAUGCUCAUGUUGAUGAAGCUUGGCGAAGGAAUGGCCUCAGGAUUCAGCAUAAACCUGGUAGGUACGAUGUUGGCAGAGUGCACAAAUAAGAAUGUCCGAGACCGCAUCAUGGUGGCGUACGUCACAUUCUUCCCGAUGGGACAGAUCAUUGUGGUUUUGUUCGCUUGGGCCAUUUUGCCUCGCGAAUUAGACGUGGUUUUAUGGAAGGGUUAUUUUGAGAUACACUCUUGGCAAUUAUUCCUGUUCACAUGCACAAUAUGGGGACUGCUGGCUUCCAUACAGUUCUAUUGUUUACCUGAAAGCCCAAAGUAUACUUUGGCUCAAGACAAGCCAGAGGAGGCACUGGAAAUUAUUAAGAAGAUUUUCUCAGAAAAUACUGGCAGUGACAAAGACACAUUUCCGAUAAAAUCUCUUACUGGAAUGAGAGAAACAGAUACAGUGGUAAAGGCAAGUGUGACAAAACAAUUGACUAUGGUGGUGUUUAACAUAAAAUAUUUGUUCAGAAAACCACUGGUCGGAAUUUUAUGUUUGGUCUGUCUCAUGAACACUAUGGUCACAGCGUUUUUCAGCACAAUCAGAAUGUGGAAUCCACAGAUGUUAACAAUUAUCGAAAAUUAUGAAUCUACACACGUUGAGACUACAAGAUUUUGUGUAAUGAUCGAUGAAUAUUAUGUUCAGAAGAACUCACAAGUGAUGACCAGUAAUAUUACAAAUAUUGUAGAGGAGGCCUGUGUCUCAGUUAUUAGCGGAUCAAGUACAUACAAAAAUAUACUACUAAUCAGUGCAAUAACAACUUUAUCAAUUGGAUCCUGCGUGUUUCUAGUGAAAUAUUUCACUCAAAAGCAAUUGAUAUCAGUUUCUUUAACAUUAUGCGUGUUUUGCUCAGUGGCUCUUCAUUUCAUAAGAUAUUCUGUAAUGAUAGCCGCUACUUUAGGGUUUACUACCAGUUUAUCAAUCGCAGCGUUUAGCUUUUUAAAUAAUAUUACUAUAAGAGUAUUUCCAACAUCGAUCAGAAGUUCUGCUGUGGCGGUAAACUUUACCUUCUGUAGAUUGAGUUCCGUCGUGGGGAAUAUUGUGUUCCCUCUGUUGAUCCAAUACCGAUGCAUUGUGCCUUUUACUACUUUGACUGUUGGGAUCGGAGUUGCUGCAUUUCUGUCUUUCUUUUUGCCAGACCCCAGUAAAGACAAUAAAGAUACCGGUGAUCGAUGAUAACAAUAAAUUAAUAAUUAUAUUUAAGUAUUGUAAAUAUAAUAAAUUAAAUAAGUACUUUAAAAAUUAAA